GUCACUUGUAAUUAUAUGAAGGGAGGUUAUUUGGUUAAAAAUAUCAAUUGAUAAAAUAAAAUGUUAAAAAUAUUCGGUAAAAGUGCCAUGAAUAUUUUAAGAGAUAUAUUUAAACCCACAUUAUACAGCGCUCGAAAUCAUUCCAAUAUUUUCAAGUCCCUUUCUGUUCCUAAUGGCUACGGAGCGGUCGAUAGGAAUAAAAUUACCGGACAAAAUGUACAUCAAGAAAAAGACUUCAGUGUAAGAUACAAAAGUGGUGGAAAGUCAUGUGCUCCAAAGACUGCAGUGAAGAUACCUCCAGUACCUAUUCAUGGUGGUAAAACUUAUAAAGUCGGAGAAAAGAGACCAUAUUCUCCAUUCCAUUUUCCGGGACAGUCAAAGGCGGAGUGGGUGGUAGCUCGGAUGGACGACAUCCUUAACUGGGGCCGCAGCCGCUCCAUGUGGCCGCUCACCUUCGGUCUCGCCUGCUGCGCGCUCGAGAUGAUGCACUAUGCAGCGUCCAGGUACGACAUGGACCGUUUUGGUAUGGUGUUUCGGGGCACGCCGCGGCAGACUGACGUCAUCAUCGUUGCGGGCACGGUCACCAACAAGAUGGCGCCCGUGUUUCGAAAGACGUACGACAUGAUGCCGGAGCCCAAAUGGGUCGUGUCCAUGGGCAGCUGCGCCAAUGGCGGUGGUUACUACCACUAUACGUACUCGACAGUGCGAGGGGCUGACCGCAUUGUACCUGUGGACAUAUACGUGCCGGGUUGUCCGCCCUCGGCAGAGGCGCUGCUAUACGCCAUGCUACAGCUCCAGAAAAAGGCCAAGAGGAUGCGCGUCAUACAGGCCUGGUAUCGACAUUAGACUGCUUAAAUUUACAAAAUUUAUUUAAUUACAUAAUUAUUAUUAUUUGACAUAAACUGUAUUUCAUUAACUGUAGGUUUCCACUGCCGAUAUAAUUUACCAGGUCUAAGUACUAAAGAUUCUAUUUAUUCAAAUUGAUUGGAAGCUUUAGACUCAUAAAUACGAUCCCUCGAAGUUCCGAACGAGGGCGCAUUACGCCCCGACACGUACGGGUACGCACCCGGGGAAUGUCCUACUUACCCCACAUUUAGGCAGGAGCUUUGUCUAAAUAAGUAGGUCGUUAUAAAUUAAGCGUUGUUUCAUAAUUAAAGUAGCACUUUUUGAAUAAUAAUUUAAUUACUGUUCUUAUUUCUUGUUUAGCAAUGCCAUGUGAUGUCAAAUUAAAUCUUGCAGUCGAAAUUAAAACAUAUUAGUAACUGCUAAUUGCGGCGAGUAUUUGAAAUACGAAUAUUAAGUAACCACAAAAAAUCUCCGCUCUUGAAAUAUAUUGAUUUACAAAACAAAACGUUAAUUCGUACAUAAAAUAAGAUGUAAAAACGCUCGCAAUGGGUUCGUAGAGCGCUUACAAUUUUCUAAAAAUCGUUCCAACGUAAAACGAACAAAGCGACGGCGUAAUGGGUCCCGGGGGAUGAUUCGAGGCGUACCCGUAAAGUAUAGGCCCUGCUUUCAAUU